UGCGCCACGUCUUCUGAGCGGUCGGGUCCCCAGAGCCCGCCCGUGACCAUGGAGGCCAGAGCGCUCUGGCUGCUGGUGGUGGUCCUGGCCUUGGGGUCCUCCAGCAGGGCUGACGAGUUUGUGGGCCUGUCGGACAACCUGUGUGCCGUGCCGGCCAAGAACAGGGUGGACUGCGGCUACCCCGACAUCAACCACGAGCAGUGCAACAACAGGGGCUGCUGCUUCGACUCCAGCAUCCACGGGGUGCCCUGGUGCUUCAAGCCCCUUCAGGACACAGAAUGCACAUUUUGAAGCCACGCCCACCGGCCCCGGCCACCCUGGAAUGUGACUUUCCAGGCUUCGCUGCCCUGCCUGCGUCCUCAACCUGCUGCCACCGCUCACGCCUGCUUCUCUCUCCCGCCUGCUCCCGGCAAGCCCUUCCGCUGAAAGCUGAGGCCUGGGGCCUGAUGUCUUAACGAAUAAAGAUCAUGUGCUCAGCACGAGGGCGGUUCCUCGUUCCUGAGA